AGCUGCCUGCAUUAUGUAUCAUGUUGAGAACACUCACAAAUCGUCACGGAUUUAGUGUGAAUUAAUUCAAUCAAUGUAAAAAAAGUAUAAGCUGUAAAUCAACAAAAGAACAAAACGGUUGAUUAAAAUUUAAUAGAUAGAAUAAUAUGAAGCAUAAAUGAAAGUUUUACGUGAAAGUUCAAUUAAAAUUUUCUACUCUUAAUUGUCAUUAAUUUGUAUUUAUUGGUAAAAAUGAAGAAUCACAUCGUCUACUACGCUCUAGCCGGUGUUUUAAGAUUGCUACUAAUGCACUCUGAUUAUCAAAAUGUUAUUGCUGAUAGAGUGGAAGUGUCUACAGCAUUAAAUUCGUGGAAAAGAAUUACAGAAGGUGUCUAUCUAAAAAAUGUAGGAGUAGAUCCAUACAGUGGAGAUUUAUUUCAUGAAACUCCAUUAGGUCUAAUUAUAUUUGAUUUAAUUCAAAAGUAUUUAUCUUAUUAUGGAAUAUGGUUGUUAUUCGUUGUCACUGAUCUUACAACUGCUGUGUUACUUGGUAUUGCAGCUACAGGUUAUAUCAAAGAAACAAUUGUUCGUGAUAAAGAAGAGGAAGCACUAAGUGACAAGAAGGACAAUCAAGGAAAUAAAAAUACAUCCAUAACAUCCCCGAGUACAUCUUCUAUUUUCUAUGUUUCAGCUGCUUAUUUGUUCAAUCCUUACAUUGUCUUAAAUUGUGUAGGGCUUACCACUACAGUAUUCACAAAUUUCUUAAUAUCAGUGACAUUACUUGCAAUGAUAAAGAAAUCUACUUGGAGUUUCUGUUUAUCUAUAGCAUUUUUAACUUUACAAGGGCUUUAUCCUGUUUGCCUCAUUGUGCCUGCUAUUAUUUCUGUUGUCAAAGAUCAUAAAGAAAGUGAGGUGCCAAUGAAAAUUACCAAAAUUGUAGGCCUAUUUUUAUCUGUUUUAAUAGUUUUGCUGCUCACUUCUUACUAUAUCAUGGGAAGUUGGUCAUUUUUAAAGAAUACUCUUGGUUUCAUCUUGUUAGUUCCUGACUUACGACCAAACAUUGGCCUUUACUGGUAUUUCUUUACAGAAAUGUUUGAGCAUUUUAGAUCUCUUUUUAUUGCAUCCUUCCAAAUCAAUGUCAGUUUGUUGUUUAUCAUUCCUUUAGCUUUGAAGCUCAGAAAAGAUCCUAUGUUAUUAGCCUUUUCUUAUCUGGCUAUUGAUGCAAUUUUCAAAUCUUAUCCUUGUAUAGGAGAUGUAGGAUUUUAUCUUAGUCUUUUGCCUCUGUGGAGACAUUUAUUUAGACAUAUGCAGCAAGGAUUCAUUGUUGGAUGUUUUGUUUUGUUCUGCACAAUAUUCGCUCCAACUGUUUGGCAUCAAUGGAUAUAUUCAAGAUCGGCGAAUGCCAAUUUCUACUUUGGAGUUACAUUGGCAUUUGCCAUAGCACAAAUAUUCUUGUUGACAGACAUUUUGUUUGCUAACGUAAAGCGUGAGUUUGCUCUACGCCACGGCCUAGCUAGUCAAGUGAAUGGAAAUCAAGCCAGACUUUUACUCGAGUAAGAUAAAAAAAGUUCUAAAACAGAUAUUUAUCUGCUGAGAAUAUGCAAUUUUUCAUUAACAUAAGUGUUCAACUUUUAUGAAAGACAGUCAUUCAGUUUUAAUAAUUAUUAUAAAUAUUGAUACUGUUUUACUUAACAUAUUUCUGUACAAAUGCGAAAUACUUUCUCACUUUUGUAUUUUUAAUUAUGCCAAACAGAAUAAAUCUAAGUUCAAUAUUUUUCUA